AACGGUGAAGUUCGUUGCGUUAUGAGUUCUGGUAGGUCUAAGCCGCCUCCGAACAUUCUUGACCGACCUCUGAGCAGGUGGAAGUCUGAGGUGAACUUGAGCACGUUUGCUCUGCUUUUCUCGGAGAUUGUUCAGUACAGUCAACAUAGAGUCUUGUCGGUCGCAGAACUGCAGACAAAGCUUGCAGAGCUUGGUCAAGAGGUUGGCAUACGAAUGUUGGAUAUCCUCGCUGUCAGGGAGCGCGGAUCACGUCGGGAGACAAGACUACUAAAUAUACUUCUUUUUAUCAAAGGCCCUCUAUGGAAGGUAUUGGCGUUCGCGAGUAAUAUCGUAUUCGCCCGUAAUAACGCCCAUAUUGAAAUAACGUCCAUGCUCGUAUAUAUGCCCAUGUGCGACAUGUCAGAACUUUCAGCCCGAAAAAACACCCAUACCCAACUAUACGCCCAUGCCCACGUAUUAGCCCAAGAUACACAUGCACAGACAAAACAAAAUGGGUCCGCAGAACAUUCGUCUUCGUCUGUGUGCGUUUGAUGAGCUGGUGUCAAUGUUAAGCGAAAGUGCUUACUGCUAGACUCAUGUCUUUGUUGCAAUUAUCGGCGCUGGUGCUCUUGACGGGCGUCAGGUCGACCACGUGUGUAUAGUGUUUAGUUUCUGCGUGUAUGUUGAUGCUGUAUGGAUACCAGUAGCUUUGAUCUUGCAAAUGGAUAAUUGCAAGCAUUCGUGAUAUUUCUGUCUUCAAGUAUUUAGAUGAUGACUGGCCAAAUGACAGCAUUUUGUGACCAUUUAUACGUGUAGGACCAAAAUAACUCCCAUGCCCUAGUGUAUGCCCAGGAAAUAUGUCUUUCUUUUCUAUACGCCCAGGGCAUUAUUACGGGCGAAAACGUUAGAAUGACUAUUUUUGAAAGGCCUACCUCUGUUUCCUUUUGU